GAAACGUGUAACACUUGCAUGGGAUAGGAUACUCGAGUUCAUUGUAUUUACGUGGUUUCAGUAUCGUGUGCAGUGAGCUAACUAACUUCUGUAGCUAUUAGCUUACUAGCUAGGUUAGCUGCUCAACAUGUAAACUUGUCAUGUGAUAAUGUGAAAUUAUUUUGGUCAUACCCGGGUCACAACAUAUUGAUUUGGACUGUAGCAGACUGACUAGGUGCCAGGAUUGAACCCAGCCAUGAAUAUAACAGUGUGCUCUUCAGUGCUGUUGACUCGUGCUUACAGAAUGUGUAUUUCAAAAGCCCCACGGCCCCAUUCCACUGGAUCCAUUGGCUGGGUAGUCCCUGUCUGCAUGGCCCCCAACCGGUCUUAUUCUACAAACAUCAAGGUUCGUUCCUACCUACAGUACAUGAAGCGGAAGAUCAAGCCCCCACCAAGUCCUCCAUACCCCCAUGUCUGCCAGGUGGGUGAACCGGUGCUGCGAGCCCAGGCUGCAGCGGUGGACCCUGGGGCAGUACAGGGUCCGGAGGUUCAGGAGGUGAUCCACACCAUGGUAAAGGUGAUGCGGAAAUUUGAAUGUGUGGGACUGAGUGCACCUCAAGUUGGAGUGCCACUUCGUAUCUUAGCUCUGGAGUUCCCAGAGCGCAUGUUGGAGGACAGCUUGCCUGCUGCACGUGAAGCCCGCGGUCUGACCACUGUGCCUCUGCGGAUCUUUAUCAACCCACAGCUGCGAGUCCUAGAUGGACGCACAGUUCUGUUCCAGGAAGCCUGUGAGAGCAUCUCGGGGUUCUCGGCCACUGUUCCACGCUACCUCUCUGUGGAAGUCUCAGGCUUGAAUGAGAAGGCAGAGCCUGUGACCUGGCAAGUGAGCGGCUGGCCCGCACGCAUCCUACAGCAUGAGAUGGAUCACUUGGAUGGAGUCCUAUACAUUGACCGCAUGGACAGUAAAACAUUCAUUAACGUGAACUGGGAAGCAAAGAACGAGUAGCCGUUUCAAACAAACCUAGUCACCCUGAUUUACCCACAACACUUAAAGACAGUUCUUGGACAUAACAUGGCAGCAGAUAAGACCCUUCUGAAACCUUUCCUUUGACUGAUUAAACUGUAAAUUCGUAAUAAUAAAUCAUGUAUUUAUGAAGUCAGA